AUGCGUAUUUCGAAAACCACUUCAUUUAUUUGUCGUUGGACUAAGCAGCUUCUGAAAGGUAAUUCAUUUCUAGGUGCUGUGUGCAACAAAUGUACCAACCAGUAUGUUAGGAAAAACUACAGUACCUGCCCUCAAGGGAUGAAGGUAACAAUCUGCGGGGCGGCUGGAUGCACCGGUCAGCCUCUUGCGCUUCUAUUAAAGCAGUGUCCUCUGCUAGAUGAGAUAGCGCUGUAUGAUCCAUGCUUUAAUUGCGGCUACGGCAUGGAGCUGAGCCACGUAGACACUAAGUGUAAAGUAUCAUCCUACUCCGGCAGACAUAUGUUGUGCGAUGCACUAAAAAAUGCAAAAGUGGUGAUCAUAGUUGCGCGUGAUAAAGUUGAUACCUUCGAAAACAAUGCGCCAGUUGUUACAGAUAUUGCACUGCAGAUUUGUAACACAUGUCCAUUAUGUUUUACAAUAGUUGCAACAGAACCAGUAGAAAGUAUGGUGCCACUCGUAGGUGAGAUACAACGUCUGCGAGGGGUGUACAACCCCCGUAUGUUACUUGGAUCCGUCGAGUUAAACUGUGUGAGAGCAAACACAGUACUGGCGGACUAUUUAAAGGCGCCCCCUGAAUCUGUACAAGUUCCCGUCAUAGGAGGUGCCACGCCGUGCACUAUGGUGCCAGUGCUCUCUGCAGCGGUACAUCCGGGCAGUUUGAGUCAAGAGCAGUUGGAGUGCGUAACAUCAUGCAUCAUGAGCGGUAACGAGGCCGUUUGUGCAGCUAAGGGCUGCAGUGCUGCAACCGCAUGUCUAGCUGGCGCAUUCGCCAUCGCAAGAAACACUAUCAAUGUGGUCAAAGGAUUACAGGGUACGAGAGUCCUUCAGUGCGCUUACGUCGACAGCCUUGGGACAUGUGCACCUUGCUGCCAGUUCUUUGCAAGCGAAGUGUUACUUGGACCAGGAGGGGUGGAAAAGAAUAUGGGCAUACCGGAGCUGUCCAAGUUUGAGAAUUGUUUGCUGUGGAAUUGUCUACCUUACGUCCGGAACGAAAUAGCACGAGCUGUUUGGCUGGUAUACACCAUGUGCCAGCAAUGUUGUCAAAUGCCAUGUGCGCAUCCGAGCAGUUGCUACACGACGCCCGUCUGUCCCUGCGUGCCACCAACCAAUUGGACCUGUGACUGGCCGGACGCCUCCAGAGACGAAUAUCUUGCAUCGAUAUGUAAGAAAAUGACGUGCAGAGAUGGUUCGAUGGAGUUGUACUGGAAGCCACGUGAAGUAGAUUAUGAUGCCGCCCGGGCAGCCAACCUCACGCACCAGGUGCAAGAUAAGAACUGGUCGUGUUCUGUGUGCGAUGUACCACGAAGCAUCCGCAUGGCGAAAGAGAUCCAGAACAGAUCAAGGGAUCCUUGCGCUUAA